AACCCCUUUGCUUGGAUCUUCCUCUAGCGCAGCCCUGAUUUGUUGGCACAAACCCUAAGAAGAAUGAAUACUCAGGCAAUGUCGUUACUUUGUGGAGCUUCGUCGUCUACAGUUGCCGCUCGUCCCUUCCGUGCGGUUAGAUCUCCGGUGAGUCUCCAAACUGGUGCCCAGAGAGUGACACUUGGUGGUGGUGGUAGCCAUCAGUUCAGCCGCUCAUCAUCAUCAUCAUCGCUGAUGUCAUUCUCGAGGGGUUGGAAGCUAAGUGCUAUCACCGCCGACGCAAAUCUGGUUAGCGUUCUGGAAUCUGAAAUCGAAGGCACCUUUGUUAACGAAGAUCCUCAUGACGAUGACCUAGACAAGUUGCCAGAGUGGUUUCAUUUCCAAAUCCUUGAUAGCCUUGGGGAGAGAGAUAUAUACCUGACUAGGGAGUUUGAGGAUGAGACCAUUCUUGUCCAGGUAAUCCCUCCUCCACAGUUAGAUGAUGAAGAACUACUCAAAGGAAUUCCCAUGAUCAUCAAUGUUUCGAAAGAUGAUGAUGAUAUCUGUAUUGAGUUUGCUGUCAAAGCUUUUGUCAAUGAGAUUAUCAUCAAUGCUGUAUCUGUCCUGCAACCCCAUGAACCUAGAAAUCCCUACCAAGGCCCUGAAUUUGAUGACUUGGAUGAAAAUUUGCAGAAGGCUUUCCACAGGUUUUUGGAGAUCAGAGGGAUCAAGCCAACCAUCACUGAAGUUGUGGCUGGUUAUUUGGUCAACAAAGCCAGUAGAGAGCGUUUUCAGUGGCUCAAGGAUGUCAAGUCUUUUGUUGACAUGUGAAAGAGAUUUUAUCUUCCAAGGAGCUGCUACUUUAUAAGUACUGUUUGUGUUUACCAGUUUUAUUAGCUUUGUAACAAACUCCUGUUUUAUGAGUUAUAAAAUUAUCUUUCAGCACUGAA